AUGGAGACAAACACGACCCAAACCUUUCAACUCCAACAAGCAGCUGGUGAACGAUUUGGCAGCGAGGUUUUGUUGACUCUGCCAAAUGGAACGACCAUCGACCUGGCCACUGGCUAUAUUCCACUCCUUGCGCGGUUUACUUUUGAGGACAAAGCUGCCAAAGGCUUACGAAAGCGCAAAGCAGGUGAAAAGCCGGAGCCUCCCAUUUACUACUCCGCCCUUGAGUUGGACUGA